ACCAUCAUAAUUGUAAUCCCCAAAUAUCAUCAUUUAUGAUAUGACACUGUACAAACUGCGGCUUAAAUUCAUUUCUUCCGCAGUAUAGCCGAGCAACAUUUUGGAUUUUGUAUUGGGAAAGAGAUGGAGAAGCAAGCGGCAAGGCGUAGAAUCAACUUGAUUGCAGGUCACUUUGUUCCCACUGAUGACUUAUCAGCCAGCCAUGUCUUCCCUAUGAAUUGCAGCAGCAGCUUAAACUCUGCGAUCCGAAGGUGUGACAAUAGAACGUACUUUGCACGCCAAGGAUCGAGCUCUCAAGGUUGUUUCAUGAGGCAGGUUUCAACUGAACAGGGUAGCCCCCCUCAGCCUGGCAUGCCUCUUAAAUGCUCAGCUUAUUCAAAUGAGUCUUCCAAUACUUCCCAAACACCCUUGUUUUCUAAACCUGCUAGGGUGGAACCCAACCUCUCAUAUGUGGGAUCCAUCCAACCUCUGCCACAAGACUUCAAUCUAGCAACUGAGCCUGCCAAGUUUGCUCGGCCUAGUCAACGAGUAAGCGGAUCAAAGCAGUUCCGAUCCAAGAAGAAAAUACGUGCUUCUGAAGGUAAUGGAAUUGAGUGGUCUCCAAGGAUGGAUGUUGCAGAAUCAGGAUGCAACUAUGUUGUGACAGUUGAGCUUCCCGGAGUCGGUACCAAUGAUAUCAGAGUCGAGAUUAACAGCCAAAACCUAAUUGUGAUGGGUAAACGCUCGACCCAGUGGUGGAAAGUGGCAAGUUGCUCAAACGACUCCAUCCCAGCAUACCACAAGAGGGAGAUUUUACAAGGGCCAUACCAGGUGGUGUGGACAUUGCCCUUCAAUGCCAACAAAGACAGGGUCUCAGCUCAGUUUGUGGAUGGAUUUCUGCAAAUUACAAUUCCUAAACUUUGAGAAUGGGUGUGGGUGAAUACAUGGGCAUACACACUAUAUCUAUAUAAAUGAACUGUUUUCUCAUCAGCAUCAUGUAUUACUUGUUAUAUAUGUGAGUAUGGGGGACCCAAAAUUAUUGUCAUACUAGUAAUGGAAAAAUAAGUGGUAAAGUACUAUGAGCCUUUCAUUAAUCUUACAUUAAUAAGUUUAGAAUUUUUGGUUU